GCGCCACCAGCAGCAGGGACUACGUGCCUCCCCCGGAGCAGGGCGAGCUCAGGUCCGGAGGCGACAACAUCCAGUACACCUGGAGGUCCGCCCUCUUCACCUGCGCCAUGGCGGCGGGGGCUCUGUGGUACUAUGACUACCUCAUGCGGAGGAAGGAGUCCGAGCAGCGGGCCAUCACGAAGCAGGAGACCCGCACGCGGCGCCCCCCGCGCCUGGUCGCCGAGAG